CAACACAACUCAUUUUAUCAAUAAAAGAGAAGUCUUCCUCUGUUCUAUGUACAUACAUUCAACUCAAGAGCUAGUUCCUCUCUCCUCCUCAUUAUUCUCAAGAAAAUGCCGAUUGGUGAGGUUAUGAUAGGAGCUGCUCUUGGAAUUACUCUCCAAGUGCUUUAUGAAGCCAUCAUAAAAGCAAAAGAUAAAUCUUUAGCCACAAAAUGUAUCUUGGGCCGCCUCGGGGCUACAAUCUCCAGGAUCACUCCCUUGGUGGUUCAUGUCGAUAAGAUCAGCGAAAAAGUAGAAUAUUCUCAGAGGAAAGUCAUUGAAGAUCUCAAGCGUCUUCUUGAAAAGGCUGUUUUUCUUGUUGAGGCUUAUGCAGAACUCAGACGGAGAAACCUACACAAGAAGCAUAGGUACAAGAGUAGAAUCAAAGAGUUAGAAGCUUCAUUAAGAUGGAUGGUAGAUGUGGAUGUUCAAGUCGACCAAUGUCUAGAUAUCAAAGAACUCAUGGCCAAGAUGUCUGAAAUGAACACUAAACUCGACAAGAUCACGUGUCAACCAACUGAUUGUAACUGUUUCAAGAGCAAUGAUAGCACAUCACCAGUGAUAUCACAAACUAGUAAUCAAAAUAUACUCGAAGCAACAGACGGAUCUUCAGAGGAAAAUGAAGAAGAAAGCUCAAGGAUUGAUAUCCACCUUCGAUGGAGUUCAAGAAAAAAAGCUAAAGAUCGUGAGAUCCGAUUCGUGGUUAAGUGAUGUCUUAAGCAACAAGUAAAAUGAAUGCUCAAAUGUGAAAUAGGAUUAUCUUUUUUUUUUUAAUGUUGUUGUGAGGAAUGGAAAUGGAAUCAUGUACACAAUUGUUGACUUAUUCUUGGGUUCACUCCCUAGGGUGAACCUCUAGGUUCACCAACCAGUAGUGUUUGAGUAUUUGA